AUGUCUCAGAAUUUUCCAAUUAUUUCAAGUUUACAUUUUUGGGUCCCACAUCCAACCUCGUCCUACAUCAUUCCGCAUCAUCCCACAUCAUCCCACAUCUACAACGAAGCUGAGGCAGUUGCAAAUCGCUUGGGCCGGAAAUGGCGCGUGAGCCCUUUUGGCAGCGCUACCAACGGCUUUGGCACGAAGUUCUCCGAUUUGGAUGCUACGUGCUACGAGCUCAAGGAGAAUGAGGACGAGGAAGAGCAAAAGCAGCCAGCAGAAAUUCUCAGUGAACGACUUGCGCCCCUUUUGCGGGAGCACUCUGAGUUCGCCAUGGCUCAGGAGGUCUUACAUGCUAGAGUUCCAAUUCUCAAGCUUUGUUUUGAGGGUGAGUUAGAAGUAGAUCUCUCGUGCCACAAUACACUUCCAUUGCAAAAUACAAAGCUUCUCAAGGCAUAUUCCAGCUUGGAUGAAAGGGUUCGGGAUCUCGUGAUUACAGUGAAGCUCUGGGCAAAGGCCCACGAAGUUUGCGGUGCAUCCCAGUCGCACCUGUCGUCCUACGCACUGACCUUGAUGGCCAUCUACUUCAUGCAGGUUCACCCAAAGAUCAAGCUCGUGAUGCUUCCUGUUGGACUUUUUAAGGAGGAUGGGAACCCCGAUGUAGAGCAGAAGGUCAAGGCAGCCCGCAGCUCCUGGAACUGUUCGCUCUCGCUUGGGCAGAUGGUGCUCCGUUUCUUUCAAUUCUACAGCCAGGAGUUUUCUUGGGGAAAGGAGGUCGUUUCUGUUCGCUUCGGGCAGCGGAUUAGUAGCAACGAGACCGUGCUUCAAAAGUUGAAGGGAAGGCAUUGCGAUCGCCUGCAUGUGGAGGAUCCCGUGGACGAGUCGAGGAACCUGAACUGUGUGCUUGGAGAGAUGCAGGAGAUGUGCUUGUUGCAAAACAUUCAGGCUACUUAUGCCAGGCUGCAAAAACAUGAAGGUUCGUGGUUGGUGUUUCCACCGCAGAGGGCGGCCAAAGAGGAACCACAUGCAGGGGGCGAGCCGGCAGCCAGACCUGGGCGUAAGCUCUCGGUCCAUGACCACUUGCCAAUCGGACAAGAGAGGAUGCCGGCACCAACUGCUGCGGAGGCUUUGCGCCACACAGAUGCAGAGGUCACUGCAAACACACGGACCCACAGCCUUAGUGAGGCUAGCACUGCCGCCAGCUGUGCUUCCAGCACAGACGAGGCCACGAAUGAACAUCAGGAUCAUAUUGGAGUACGAGCCGCAGACACUGGCGCCUACUUGGAGGCCCCAAAUGGCGGGGCCAUGCGCGGCCAUCGCCACGCCAAGGAGUCGAGGAAUGGCCGCGAAAGCGGCACAGAGGCAUGUUGGAUGCCAGGACCGAUGGACAAGGGCUUUGCUCGCGGCUAUGGCCAACAUCCAGAGCACGCGAUGCAUGAGCACUUGAUGGUGGAUCAAGGGCAGGAGGCAGGCAAGUCCAUCCUCCGGCUCGUGAAGUCAGAUGUUCAGCAACCCGCCGACACAGGGCGCGCGUGGGCCCCCGCCUCGCCGCCAGUUCCGAGUUCAACGUUACUGCCACAGCCGCCACAGAUGGCGCAGUCUUUCACGUCAGCACUCAAGACUGGGCAGCCGGUGAACUUGUCGCCGACGGCACCGCCUGCAGCUGCACCGCGUCCUGCGGAGCAGCAGGCGCGCCCCUGUCGGGCCCGGAAAACGCUGGAUAUCAUGGCGAAGGUAAAAAUUUCUUGCGAGGCCCACAACCAGACUGAGGAGAAGGUAUGGCAAUGA